CUAUAAACAAAGCUGUGUACACAGUUACCCAUACGCAAGCCCAAUGCAUUCUGGAAUGGAUUACGUCCCUACAAUUUCCAGAUGGAUACAUGUCAAACUUAAAAAGAUGUGUGAACUUUGACGAGUCACGCUUAAUGCAUAUGAAGAGUCAUGAUUGUCACGUGUUCAUGCAAAGGCUGAUACCUAUAGCAUUCAGAGAGAUGCUUCCGCCUCAUGUUUGGGGCUGCCUUACUGAGAUUAGCAUGUUAUUCCAGACACUGUGUUCAGUUGUUCUUGACACCAAAGCUAUACAAGAUCUUGAAAGGACUGUACCUAUACUUAUGUGUAAUAUGGAAAAGAUUUUUCCUCCUGCAUUUUUUGAUCAUAUGGAACACCUCAUUAUUCACUUGCCAUAUGAAGCCAAGGUUGCUGGUACAGCACAAUACAGAUGGAUGUACGUUUUUGAAAGAUUCCUUCGAGAGUUGAAGAAAAAAGUGAAAAA